CAAAUUAGUGUGGCACCGGGUGUAACCAACAAGCUAACGUUAGGCUAGUUAGGUGUAGCUAGCUAGCUGUAGUUUCUUGUCAGCGUACGCAGCUUUAUGAUUGACACUUAAAUGCACUGAGGGUCGCUAAAGAAACUCUUUGGUGUCACUUGAAUGUACAGUCGCUCUGCUUUUAUCGUCAACGUCGCUGCUUCGAUUGUUUUUCUUUUAUUAUCUCUUCCGUGUUGGUCACAUAGCUCAGUUAGCCUCUUUAGCUAACUAGGCACAGCGGCGUAUGGGUGUCAAAGUUAGCAGUGACUCCCCCAGUUGUCUGGUCGCUUGAUCUUAACAUUUCGGACACGUCAAGGUUCCCCAAAUCGGUCUCCUGUUUUUGGAGGCUGUGAUGUCGGAGCCCAAAACCCCAACACCCACUCCUGCUGGUGACACAUACAAAGGAUGGGUGUUCAAGUGGACAAACUACAUCAAGGGUUAUCAGCGGAGGUGGUUUGUCCUGAGCAAUGGGCUGUUGUCAUACUACAGGACUCAGGCAGAGAUGGGCCACACGUGUCGAGGCACGAUCAACCUGGCCACAGCGACUAUCACCGUGGAUGACGCCUGCAACUUUGUUAUCUCCAACGGUGGGGCACAAACGUACCACCUGAAGGCCAGCUGUGAGGUGGAACGUCAGCGCUGGAUCACUGCCCUGGAACUGGCCAAAGCCAAGGCGGCUCGCAUGCAGGCCGAGUCAGACGACUCAGGGGACGACUUUCCUCCAUCGUCCGCGCCAGCAGCACCGGGACAAGGCAGCGCAUCACAGAACUCAGAGGUCCAGUCUGCUCUGAGAACACUUGGAAGCAAAGUGGAGGAUCUCAGCACGUGCAAUGACCUGAUCUCAAAGCACGGCUCUGCCCUCCAGAGGUCUUUAUCAGAAUUGGACAGUUUGCGUCUGACGGGAGAGGCUGGGGACAAGAUUCGUCAGGUGACGGAGAGGGCCACACUGUUCCGUAUUACCUCUAACGCCAUGAUUAAUGCGUGUCGUGACUUCCUCGCACUGGCUCAGGCUCACAGCAAGCGGUGGCAGAAAGCCCUUCAGGCAGAAAGGGAUCAGCGGGUUCGGCUGGAGGAGACUUUAGAGCAGCUGGCCAAGCAGCACAACAACCUGGAGCGAGCGUUCAGAGGGGCUUCACAGGCGAACUCUACUGCAGACAAUAAAAGUGCUGCGGGUCCAGGAAAAGGUGAAGCCAGCGAUGAAGAUGACGACAAUGAGUUCUUUGAUGCCAUGGAGGAGGCACCUGAGUUCAUCACCGUACCUGCAGACCCACAGUUCCACAAAAGAUCAAGCAGUAACAUCAGCGGCUUCAACAGUGAAAUGUGUCCUGAUGAUCAGUCGCUCAACGAGGAACCCCUAGCGAUGAACCAGGAAUCCCCGUCUCAGGACUUAGUACCCUUAAAGAAGAGGCGGACGCGCAUCUCCGACAAACCCAACUACUCUCUCAACCUUUGGAGCAUCAUGAAGAACUGCAUCGGCAAAGAGCUGUCCAAGAUUCCCAUGCCUGUGAACUUCAACGAGCCCAUAUCCAUGCUGCAGCGGCUGUCGGAGGACCUCGAGUACCACGAGCUGCUCGACAAGGCCGCCAAGUGCCAGAGUUCCCUCGAGCAAAUGUGCUACGUGGCCGCCUUCUCCGUGUCCUCCUACUCCACCACCGUCCACCGCACCGGCAAGCCCUUCAACCCUCUGCUGGGAGAGACGUACGAGCUGGACCGCCGGAGAGAGAGUGGCUACCGCUCCCUCUGCGAGCAGGUGAGUCAUCACCCUCCUGCAGCAGCGCAUCAUGUGAUCUCUGAUCGGGGCUGGACUCUGAGGCAGGAAAUCACUGUUGCCAGCAAGUUCAGGGGAAAAUACCUCUCCAUCAUGCCCUUAGGCACAAUUCACGCAAUCUUCGAGAAAGGCAACAAUCACUACACAUGGAAGAAAGUCACCACCACGGUGCACAACAUCAUCGUCGGAAAACUGUGGAUCGACCAGUCAGGGGAGAUCGACGUGGUGAACCACACCACCGGAGACCGCUGCCACUUGAAGUUUGCUCCUUACAGCUACUUCUCCAGAGACGUGGCCAGGAAGGUGACCGGCGUUGUAAUGGAUAAGGAUGGCAAAGCCCACUACGUGCUGUCGGGCACAUGGGAUGAGAAGAUGGAGUUUUCUCGGGUGAUGCAGAGCAGCCGCGGAGGGGAGAACGGCACAGAGGGCAAACAGAAGACGGUCUAUCAAACCCUCAAAGCCAGAGAGGUGUGGAGGAGGAACCCUCUUCCCGACGGAGCGGAGACCAUGUACUACUUCACUGCCCUGGCGCUGACCCUGAACGAGCUAGAGGAGGGCAUGGCGCCCACCGACAGCCGGCGCCGGCCCGAUCAACGCCUAAUGGAGGAGGGCCGCUGGGACGAGGCCAACUCGGAGAAGCAGCGGCUAGAGGAGAAGCAGCGCAGCGUCCGGAGGGAGAGAGAGAGGGAGGCCGCCAGCCAACGCACCUCCAGCCAAUCAGAAGAAGCUGUCGAGGAGGAUUCUGUUACUGAUCCCUCCUUAAAAUGCGCACCUCAUGAAAACUACCAGGCACUUUGGUUUGAGCGCUGUGAGGACCGCAUCACAGGUGAGCCAGUCCAUAUCUAUAAGGGAGGCUACUGGGAAGCCAAGGACCGGGGCAGCUGGGGAAGGCUGUCCUGAUAUAUUUUGACCUUAGCAUCGACUGCAAGGUUCCCUGAAGAGACUGAUCCAUCAAAGCCGCCUGGUGGACGGCUUCCACCAACGGCCAGGCUCGUCACCCACCACACAUGCUCCCUCCAGUGGCUCUCUGUUCUAAGAGAUCUCCAGGACGGUCUCUGCUGUCUGCAACCGGAGGUGGGGCCUCCUUAAUCCUGUUCUGGUUCUUGUCUCCUUAAUGCUGUCACAUAUCUGAGAUGAAUUGUUGAAGUUCUGCUGCUUUGACCCGGGUCAGGCAACAAGGUGAAAUGGGAAGUGCUUCCAAAAUCUACAGUAGCCGCUCAGUGAAAGUCUUGUUCAUUCUCUGAGUAAGAGCAGAAGAGGUUUUUAUGCUGAUAACACCAUGUGAGAUAAUGUAGUGUUCUUAUUGUCAUCCACAGCUUUGUGUGCUUUGGUUAUAACUCUAAAAACGGGGUAAGAUCUUGGUAAUAUAUACAUUUCUAUAUAAAUAUGUUUAGAAUAAUUUCAUUGAACUGUCGACUGGUGGCCUUCAAGACCUUAGCGAGGAUUUCUUGUUUUUCUCUCUGAUUUAGUGUCUUAAUGUAAUGAAGUGAAGGUUCUACUGUGCUCGUGUGUAUGAUGCAUAUCUGCUCUUCCAUCACUUUACUACUCUGCCUUUGUGCAGUAUACUGUGUUAAAAAAAGAAAAAGAAGAAACAAACGAUUGUGGAAAAUAAUGGUUAAACCUCCAUGCUGUUAUUUUUUUGUAGUUAAGAGUCCCCCCACCCCCCCCACACCUAUUCUCUACGCCUUAGAAAUGAGCAAGCUGCUCAUGCUUGUAUUAAGAUCACAUCUGAGUGGAUUUGACGCCGACGUUAAUUGCUGUUUUUGUUGUACAAAAAAAUGAAACUUUGAGGAAAUAGUAAAAAAAAAAAACAAGGUGCAAAAUGCCCCCAAAAAGCUUGUUCCUUAAUUAUGGCACAUUUAUCAGUUAACGAAUCAAUCCCUUUUCACAGGAUCGGAAUAAUGUUUAGUCUUUUCACAGAGGAUAACGGAGUAUCAUGGCAGUAAAAUGGUUUUCAACAGUGUCGUGUUUAAUAGUGUUGAGGGUAACACAUUCAUAUGAGCAAAGAAACAAGUGUUAAUACAUUAUGCAAGUACAUUUUGACACCAAAUACAUGGGAUAUAAUGUGUGUGUGUGUGUGUGUGUGUGCGCCCGUGUGUGUGUGUGCGCGCUUGUUUGUGAUAUUCAUAAUUUUGUUUGUAAGUGUACUUAAAAAUGAAGAAUAAAGAAACAAAGAAGCAUCGCAAAUAACUAUGAUUUUAUAAAUGUAUAGAAAUUCAUAUUAUAGUAUUGAUGACUGUAAGGUAGGAUUUUUUUUUUUUUUUUUUUUUUGGGGUUCCUCUCGCACUAAUGGAAGAGGACUUUCUUCAUUUUGAGAAAAAAGGGAGUUUCCAAACUUAACCCAGAUGGGAGACAUGACAUUGUUCAGUAUUUUGUAUUAACAAAGAAAAAUAAUCUGUAAUAAACAAAUGCUGUGAUGUCAAACAAAAAAAACGC